AUGCCUAUCACAUUCGCUCAGUUUCUCUCUCAAAUUGCGAAUGCGUUACGCGACGAGAAUGGACUGGAUCUGGCAUACAUGCUGAGGCCGACUAACCCUCAUGGGAAGGAUCUCGUGAAGGAGUUCCGCAACCCAACUCGGCAAUCGAUGUCCCGACAUGAGGGCGUAAUAGAAAACCCAUGGGAUGAAAUUGCCAUAGAGUAUGUUCUGGUCACCACACAUGUAGCCAAGAAACGUUACGCAGAGGCGUUCAAGGAACAUACACAGCUUGUGAACUUGUUCCUGCGAUUCUUCGCAACCAACAGCGGUUGGACAUUACCGGCUCUAUUCGCUAUCCUUCGAGACUUACGGGACCUGGCGUUUGAUAGUGAGUGUAUGGAGGAGGCAGCGCGGAUCAUUUCCAAGGCGUUUUCAAGUUGUAUAACAGAUAGGACAUCAUCGCAUGCGAUGUCUAGGAAAUGGGGUGUAUAUUAUGUCGUAGGACUCAUCAUGAAGAGCUACUUCCGAAUCCGACGAAUAUCCUUGUCCAAGAACAUCCUUCGCGCCAUCGAGGCAAACCCUGACAUACCGCCACUAUCACAGUUUCCAAAAGCCCACCAAGUUACGUACAGGUAUUAUUUGGGCAUGCUAAGUUUCUUGAACGAAGACUACACCAAAUCUGAAGAGGAGCUGACUCUUGCUUUUUACAACUGCCAUGUUGACGCGCGCAACAACCGAGAACGUAUACUGACAUACCUCAUUCCUCUGCGCAUUCUGCGCGGCCACCUACCCUCCCGAGAGCUCCUGGAUAAGUUUCCUGUGCUUGAUGAGCUGUACACCCCAUUCAUUGAAGCUAUUCGGCGGGGUGCUAUCAAAUCAUUCGAUACCGCUCUGGACAAAUGGGAGCGUCGCUUGGUGGACCUGAAUCUAUGGCUCACCUUGGAGAAAGGAAGAGAGCUGUGCAUUCGAGGGCUGUUUAGACGAGUGUGGGUAGCAUCGCAAAAAAGCAACCGGAUACCUGUGGCUUUGUUCCAUUCUGCCCUGAAUAUCUCUGGUAUGGAGGCGUCCCCAGAGGAGGCCGAGUGUCUCGUGGCGAACAUGAUUUACAAAGGUUACAUGAAGGGCUACAUCUCGCACGAAAAGCAAAUGGUCGUAUUGUCGAACAUGAAUGCCUUUCCUCGUCUUGUGGAGAGACAGACCCCCUUUGCAUUGUAUUAG